CCUAAAGGGGAUCCGUACUUGUGCGCACGCGCAGGUCAUUGUUGGCAGGGUGAGAAGUGAGAAUUCGAGUAGCUGUCGGUACUAUUGCGUAAUUACAGGUUUAUGUUGACGAAGUGUUAAUACAGAGUGUAAGGUAGGGUGUAACUAAUCACACAUGGCUCUCAGAAGAUGUUGGCGGUUUGCCGGGGUUGUUCCGCGGCUGUUCUGGAACAGAACUGUCCUGCCUGGAGGACGAAGCUCAGUGUCCAGCUUUGUCAACAAUCACCACGGUUGCAAAAACACAGAGUUGCUGCUCCGCAGGUUCAGUUCAGCGCCACCUAGCACAGAUGUGACUUAUGAGCAGCUGAAGCAGCUCCUGGCUGGCCGGAAAACUGUAGUAAUAGAUGUCAGAGAGCCCUGGGAGCUCAGGGAGUACGGCUUCAUCCCCGGGUCCAUUAACGUUCCCCUGGGACAGGUGAACACUGCCCUCCAGCUGGGUGCCGAAGAGUUCAAUGAAAAGUACGAUGGUGAAAUGCCCCAGCAGACAGAUAACAUUGUGUUCACCUGUCUGGCAGGGAUCCGGAGCAAGACAGCACUCAACACUGCCGCCUCCCUGGGAUACAAAGACAUGCAGUGCUCUUUUGAGAGCUGACACAUUCCACAUCUCCAGUAUCGGACUGAAAAUGUUCAUAAUUACCUCGGUGGAUGGAAAGACUGGUCGAAAAAUGAACAACAGAACUGAUCCAGGGAUGAUGAAACAGAAAUAAUAAUAUAUUUAAAGCCGAGAUCAGACUGACAAGUGAGAGUGCGUAACAAGGAGUCUUAUAAAGGGUUUUUAAAAAGUUUAUUCACUUCUGUUGUUCAGUUAUUGAAUUGUUUUACUCAACUGUGAAUCCCAAAGACUGAAAGCAGAGGGCUCAGCACAGAUCAACUCUGCUGCUGAACAUCUUCCAAACUACUGCACUUAUGACUUAUGACUAUGUCACUUGAAGUUUUUUUAAUAUUUAUUUCAGCAUGGCACUGUUUAUAAACCCUUUAUAACUUCUAAAUAGACGGAUAUACAACCAGUGACUGUUCUAAAGCUUACUACAAAUAUGAAUAUACAAUGAACAGUGUUUUUGUUUCCAGACUAUGCAAAUGACGACUCAACUGUGUAUGAUUGUGACAUCAAAUGAAGUCGUCCAUCGCAUAUUAGGGACAGUUCAACAAGUUGAUGUGUUAUAAAUAUUACAUAUCUUGUUGCUCAUAGAUGUAUCUUCAGCUGUUGCCAACAUCAUUCAAUAAAUACAAUUAUUUUGAUUAACAGUGA